AGACUGGGUCGAUGUCAGGACUUUUGAUGAAGAAUACAGAGCAGAUUGGCUCAAAAUCAGGAAUUUUGUUGAAGAUUACAGAUCCGGUGAGGACAAAUAGGCUUUUACCAAGGCAGAUUCAUCGGCCUCACGUAGAUGUUUUGUGAAAGUGCUCAUUCAGCACAAUGUUAUUUGAGAGAUCUUUCUCAGCAAAAAUUGAACAUUGUAUUGACCACGUGACAAUAGUGACUGCAUACUGAAAGAGGGCAGACAGAGACUUGGUUUAACAUCUCAUCUGACAGUGACACCAUCAACAUUGCUACUCUCACUUAAUUGUGUCUCUGAAAACAGUAAUGUUGUCACUUCAGACUCCCUGAGAUUAUUGUCUCAAUACUGAACUCCUGACAAUGCAACACAGGCUAUGUGCAUUCUUCCCUGACAGUGCAGUACAUCCUCUGUAGCCUGCCUAAUUGCGCAGCACUCCCUGUCUACAGUGUCCUACCCGUUGCAGCAGUUGCUGUAUACAGUCCUCCCUGAUGGUGUAACACUUGUUCUAUGGUGGCCACCUGAUACAGUAGCACUUGCUCUUUGCUGCGCUCGGACAGUGUAGCACUCCCUCUUCACUGCCCCUAUGGUACAGGGGUGAGUGCUGAAUGGCUCCUUGGGUUGUAAGUUUUAUGAUUGUGUAAUUAACAUUAUUAUAAAUGUGAACAGUAAUCAUGGUAAUUUCCUGUGUUAAUGGGAAAGUAUGCAGGUACUAACUGGUAACCUGAUAAAGUCCCAAAUUACUGCAUCCUUAGCAUUUUCUCAGGAAAUUAAUUCCAUUGUAAUUUGUAACAGUGUUUUGGUGAUUUCUUUCCAGACUCUGUCAAUGUCAGAAAUGUCAAUAAAGAGCACAGAUCAGGUUGGGUCAACGUCAGGAAUUCCAUUGAAGAAUCCAGAUCCGAUUGGUUCAAAGUCAGGAAUUUCAAUUAAAAUACCAGAUCAGAUUGGUUCAAAGUCAGGAAUUUCAAUUAAAAUACCAGAUCAGAUUGGCUCAAAGUCAGGAAUUUCAUUUGGAAGACCAGAUCAGAUUGGCUCAAAGUCAAGAAUUUCAUUGCAAAGACCAGAUCAGAUUGGCUCAAAGUCAGGAAUUUCAUUGAAAAGACCAGAUCAGGUGAGGAUUAGCUCAAAGUCAGGAAUUUCAUUGAAAAGACCAGAUCAGACAGGGUCAAGGUUAGGACUUGACAGGAGGAGUUUAAGUCAGCUUCCUGAAUUCAGAAACGUGUCGACACUGUACUUAGAAACAGUCGAGGAAGAGGGUAACUGUCUCAGGCUUGUGAACUCUUUUUUCAGCAGGGAACUGAAGAUUUUCGGUAUCACCGAGAUAAUGAUUGGAAUCACUCAGGUGGUGUUCGGUAUUCCCCUGAAUUUCACGGAAACUUACAUCUUUGCUGUUUUAAUGGGGAUUCCGUGGUGGACCGGAGUUUUGUAUAUCGCAGCAGGAUCACUGGUGGUGGACAUUAUAAACACAGCGAAUAUCAACCUUAAACAAGCAAUAAUACUGAUGCACAUAGUCAGCUGUGUAGCAGCUAUGGUCGGUACAGGAGUUUACCUUAUCUCACUCAACUUGAUGGAACCACUAAACUCAAGCUUUUACUUUUUGGGGCCAUUGAUGACAGUCUUCUUCCUCUUGGUAUUGUGCUUCCUGGAAUUCAUCAUUGCCUUUAUCAUUUUAUUCCUUCACUGUUCAGUCCUCACUCAGAGGCUCGGUGCCAGGAGAUCCCACGUGCGGUUCCGACGUCCACGUUGAAUGUUACCAUCGGAAGAUCCUGGAACUUUGCCAGUGGAAGAUCCUGGAAUGACCAGUUUUCUGCUCGGAAUUGAAGAAAGAGAAAGCAGCUCCCUCCUGAAGGCCAUGGUGGCCAUUUGGUUUGGGACAUUCCUCAUUCUGUUCUGAAACUGUUGCCAGCUGUCCAUCUUCCGUUUCAGUUCAAAGUUUCCUCUUCUGUUGAAGUGAUGACCCUGCGAUUAGAGGAUCUGGGAUUAUUGAACAGGGAAGGAAGAGAUUAAAAAAUGAACAGGCCACAUGACCCCCUUGAGUCACAGGAAUCAGGGCUAACCUCUCAGAACUGAUCCCCCUCGACCUCUUGAUGUUGUCAAGAUGAACCCUUGGUGUACAGUUGGUCAAGAGGAUCGGAGUCACUGAAAAUGCCCCUUUAUUGAUCCGGGACCUUUCUGCAAUGCCUCAAAUGAUUUCCAAACAUGUUCCUGAUAUGUUUUUAGAUGCUGGAUAUGUCUGCAUGUGGUUCUGUACAGUAACAUCGCACACUGAUCACUGAAUGGUACAGCUCAGGAGGGGCACAUCUACUCAGCUUUGGGCUUGUUGAAGAGUUGUCGAAUUGGUCCCACUGUUUUAAUCAUUUCAUUUGGUAAGGUCCCAUUGAAUUAGUUUCCAUUUAGCUUUCAGUGAGUCUGUUCCAGACCAUAGCAACUGUCAGUGUGAAGAAGAAUGCUGUCAUGUUAGCUUUGGUUAAUUUAACAAUUACCUUCAAUGAGUGUUGUUUGUUUUGAACCUGUGGUCACUGAAAGUACAUCCUUCCUAUUUACUGUGUUAAAAGUUUCCUGAUUUUGAACAGCUCAAUUAAAAGUCUCCUCCCUCUUGUCUGUUCUUUUCAAGCCUCACCCCUGUAAAUUUUAGAUUACACAUUGAACCCGAA